GCAGCAUUUCCUUCGAAGCUGAAGGUGAGAACAUUCUUCGCAGAUGUGAAGGAGUCCGAGGGGAAGGAGCCGAAAGACGAAAUUCCAGCAGGAAAAGACUGCUCAGCAAAGACAUGCAAGAGGUGUGAGUGUCCUCGUUGCCCUAUUUGCCCAGAAUGCCCAGACGGCUUCAAGCCGCGCGAGAAGGUCCCGCUUGCAUCCACGGAAGGGAAGAUUGCAAGCAAGGAAGACAAUUGCCCUUCCUGCCUGGAUGCUUGGCACGGCAGCCGAAAAGCAGCCACGUUGAAUGAGCCAGAGACUUGCAGGAAUGUCCACCGUGCCCGACCUGCCCAACCAAAUGCGAACCAUGCUUCAAGAUUGGGACAAAGGAGCAAUUUCUAUGAUGGUUUGAUGGUGCACCGUUGCCCUUGCUCUGACGCCUUCAUCAACCAACACACGCGACGCUUGCGACGCUUGCGACG